UGAAGAGGCUGAAGGUAUUGGUCUCCCUUUUCCUUUGUUUCUGCAUUCCUGAUCUGUGUCAGUCACAACAGGAGCAGUUCGCGGGGCCUUACCGAUUGGUGUUGCAUCAGAUCGAACAAUGCGAUGUAGUAGGAACUAAGAUUUACCCGAACAGCACGCGGAUUAACAAAGUGAGCCGUAACAAAUACAUCUACACGACAAACGUGACAACAGAAAUCACUAUCGAUGACGGUGUGUCGAUAGAUGUGGAUUUUGCCGUCUUCGGUAACGGAGGUUGGAGGCCUCACUUCUUGCAGAUGGAAUUCCCCAAGGCCUGUACCUCCACGAAGCAAAUGAUGCCGGUAUUGUACGACGUUAUCACUGAGACGAUAAAGACUGAGUGCCCUAUUCCACCGGGACCUGCUUGCCCAGAUGCAUUGAUGGUCACGGCAAAGGAGGGUUCGCCGUACGCGGAUAUUCUACGAACAAUAAAAAGCUAUCCUGAUCUCCAAGACAUUGGCGAUAAUGUGCAAAAAAUACGAAAGUGUACCCUACUACAACACCAGUCUCCUUCUAGUGUUGAAUUGGAAACCACAAGAAAAGAUGGAGCGAAUUCGUAUUGCGACAGCACAAAAAUGGCUGAUAAAGCGGAGGUCACGUGCAAGAGAGACCCUGUUGUUUCUGAAUUGAAGGAUUUCGAUGAACUGACCGUAGCUGAAUAA